UCCUCUCGUGUAGGAGAGACACACCGUUUUCAUUGCGAGAAGUGACGGCAGUGCCUCGCACAUUUAUCUCCACGUAUCAGUUUCACAGCGUGCACAAGAGAUCUUGUGCGUAGCCACUUUCGACACUUUAGCCUUGCAUUUAUACUGACGAACAACCCUCCGAGGCUGACGUAGGAGCCGUCUUGAUGGAAGCACUGCGCCAGCGCUCGUUUGCCUUUUUUUGAUAGUCUCAAAAGCGUUGUUCAAAAGCGUCGCUGUAGCGGGUGGCAAGCAGCUGUUGAUUUCCGGUCGUGCAGUCUUCGCAUCUUUCCUCGAGCGCAGUGCCUGACGGAAGCUCGUCGACCCCAGUCCGCGCAAGGACGGUUCUUUCCCGCUGUAAAACGCAUUCGCAAGGUGCGACAGUUCUAUUGAGAGCAUCGUGGCAGGUAUACCAAACCACCAAACGCCGAGGUAUCGAUUAUCUCAGCGAUAUGCCGGAUACCGUGGAAAUCGCCAAAGAGUCAUCGGAAUCAAAAAGUGAACAUGUGUACACCAACGGCGCGUUCGUAUUCGAUCCCCUUCAUAUUGGGAACAAUGUUUUCAAAAAACCUGGCCCAGACCACAUUGAAUCAAGCCACGCCUCGAUGCCAACCAAAAGCCUGUGGACGGUUAUUCGCCACAGCAGAUGGAUGCUGCCGUUGGUGUACACUCACAUCUGGCUGUCAGCAGCGUUCUCACUGAUGCAACCAUAUUUUCCGCCCUUGGCUGAAGCGGCUGGUCUGGAAGCUUGGAAGUACGGGUUUUUCUUUUCUGCAGUCAAGGUCGCAAUGUUACUGGGAUCUGUAGUAAGCGAACGAAUUAUGGCCUUUGGAUCACCACGGAAGUGUUAUUUGUCAGGACAGAUUGGUUUCUUACUGUUCACCAUUCUUCUUGGGUUGAUGUACUGGUCACCCGGGGGCAACGUUUUUCUUGGACAGUGUAUAGUACUUGCCAUCGUGGGCGGCUUCUUUUCGACGGUGUUUCUGGUUUCGGCAUACGCAGUAGUCACGUCGGAGUUUCCCAUGCACGUGGGCCUUAUUAUAUCCACAAUGGAGUUCCUGUGGGGCGUGGGAAACAUGGUUGGGACUGGCCUCGGCGGAGUACUCAUUGACGCCUGGGCCUACCCACUGCCAUUCUUCGUAAUAGCAGCGCUGCUCGGAUUUUCCCUGCCUUGGACGACGACCUCGGAAAGACUAUCUGCGAAACCCGUAAAAGAUGUUCAAGGAUGUUCAAGCUCCGAGUCUCCGAAGAAGCAAAUGAAGUUACACAAGCUACUCACUGAUCCAGUUUUCGUAAUUGAUAUGGUUACUGUGAUGUUAUGCUGGAUCAUCAUGGGAUUUAAUGAACCUACAUUGGAGCCACAUCUCAGACAGUUUGGCCUCGACACUACCAAGCUGGGCGUCGUCUUUAUGGUUCAGUUUGCCAGCUACACAAUUGCGACGCUUCUUUUGGGCCUCUUCUGUCAUCUAAAGAUGGAUGCUUUUUUUGCCUUUGUGGGACAAUUUCUUACAGUUUUCGUUUUUCUUAUACAAGGACCAGCGCCUUUCAUUCCAACCGAAGCGUAA